GCCGGAUGUGGCGUUUCUGCCGCUUCCCUCCCCCUCUGGCUGGGUUCGUUUUUGAGAAGGAGACCGAGCGGUGCGGAGGAGAGAGUGAGAGAGAGAAACUAUCCACAAGCAGGCAGGCAGGGAGGGAGGUGCUCGGUCCCGUAGUCGCUGAGUUCCUAGUCUUCCAUCAUGAAUCCCGUUUAUAGCCCCGUUCAACCUGGGACUCCUUAUGGAAAUCCUAAGAAUAUGGCUUACACAGGUUAUCCUGCAGGUUACCCUACAACUGCACCAGCCUAUACUGCUAAUAUGUAUGCUAGUGGCAGUCCUGGAUAUCCUCCAGCUUUAUUCAUGAUGAGACAGAGCUGGCCACAGACGUCAACUUCUGGUGCCUCUGAGGGUACUUAUGACCUCCCAGUCGACGCUGGCACCGAGAGCAGAACUUUCCAAGCUUCUUCUGCGUCAUUCAGAUACACUGGAGGAACCCCCUACAAAGUAGCACCUACUCAGAGUAAUGGUGCACCACCACCUUAUUCUCCAUCUCCAAACCCUUACCAGACUGCUAUGUAUCCCAUUAGAAGUGCCUAUCCACAGCAAAAUCUGUAUGCCCAGCAGGGGGCUUAUUAUACACAGCCUGUGUAUGCAGCACAGCCUCAUGUAAUUCACCAUACCACGGUGGUGCAACCUAAUAGCAUUCAGCCUGCUAUUUACCCGACUUCUGUCCCUGCUCCACGGACCAAUGGGAUGGCUAUGGGUAUGGUUGCUGGGACUACCAUGGCAAUGACAGCAGGGACUCUGCUGACCACACCACAACAUACUCAACUAGGACCACAUCCAGUUUCUGUGCCAACGUACAGGACUCAAGGAACACCUGCCUAUAGCUACGUACCUCCACACUGGUAAAUUCGCAAACCAAUUCAUAUCUGGAGUCAGACAUUGUAUGCAACUACUCAAGUCUUACGUUGGUGCUUGUGCAUCGAAGCCACAUGGCACCAAAUCUGUUUGCAAGGACAAAGUGCAAAGGUCACUUUAUGCAUUUAGUGUUUUUUUGUAAAAGCUGCUUUUCUCCAAAUUUCUGCCUCAUUUAAGUUCUUUUCCAUUGUAGCUACUCAAAAUUGUUACAGACCAACAUUUGUUAUUACUGGUGAGGCUAUGGCCAAAGGGGCCUAUUCAAUGGUGAGAAUACAUCCUUUAAAAAAUUG